AGUCUCAGUCUUCGCAGGCUGAAUCCAGCUCUUCCCAUCAAGCCCUAAGCCGAACUACAUCCUUGUCGUCAACCCGAAGAACAUAUGCGAAGCAACGCUCGUAUCUCACGGAAAUGGGCUAUUCUCGUUCGCAGUCUUACUCAGAAUCGCAGUCUCAGUCUCAAUCUCAGUCCUUCUCCAUGUCUCAGGGCAACAGUCAGAAUCUGGGUGAUCUCGACUUUGAUGACAUGAUGGCGGAUUUGGAAGUUCCCGGAAUUCCGCAGGCCACUGAUCUGAUGGAUUUCGGUGGCCUGGGUGAGAUCACAGAAAGCUACGCAGAGAAAGCGGCCCGAUGGGGCAUCGAAGACGACGGAGCGAAUGAGGGGCUCUCAGAUCCGGCGGACCUUCGCUCGAUCUCGUUUCAGAGAUCCAAAGGUGAGAACAGAAGGUUUGCGGACGAAGUCGGCUUUCUGCUAGAGGGUCUUAAGGCCAGCCAGCCUUUGGCUGUUCGACGAUCGAGCGCGUUACAAUUUGUGGAAAAUGUGCUCGACCACGAAUUUAUCCGAAAGCUCAAGGUGAUCGACGGCAUUGCCCGGUCCUGGAACUUCCUGCGACAAGCUGGAGCUGGGGACGGUGAUCACGUGGUGGAUGGUGCAUUGUUCCUGUUCCUGGCACUGAUCACCAAAGAUAUCCGUAACUUUGAUCCCCUCCUGCCAAAAAUAGAUGAUGUGGUCUCAGCCGCUACAAAGACGCUAUCGAUAUCGCAUGAGGACGACCCUUUAAUCGGAGCACGAGUUCCAAAAAGUGAAAGGGGCUUGAUAAAUACACUCAAGUCGUUGUUGAGGAAGGCGAAGAUCGACACGGAAGAUGCUGCAAUGUCGACACGUCGCCUGGUUUCCACUUCGAUUAAGGCACUAGCAGCCUUAAUGCCAACGCCAUUAUCCCUCCCGAUCCUCGAACCGGUCAUCGCCUCCUUGCUGCAGGAGAUCAAAACUUUUACGGAACGGCUCAAGUCCUUUACUGCUGGUGAACCUUUGGAACAGGAAGAUGCCGACAAUGGCAGCAGCCUGGUUGACUUAACACAUACCGACAACUGCUUGCGCGUUCUUGAAGCUUUCACAAUGCGAGGAAACCGAUACGAACAUGCGAGCGCAGCUAUGGACAUUGUACGAGGUCAAGCGAACGAACUAACCCAGCAACUCUUAUCUCUCUCUCUUGGUUGUCAAGUGUUGAUGGGAACAGCUAAUGAGAAGAAAGCUGUCACAGCUGCAACCUGUCUUAUUUCCGCUCUCCGAGUUCCGGUCAAUUUGUCUAGCUCAGAUGUUUUCUGGUGCCGCGCAAUUCUCUCGCACCCAAUUACACUGCCUGGGACUAUCCGCAUCAUCAUUCAAUCUGAGCGGGAGGCAGCCAAGACAUCACCAGUGGGCGGGAGGGAAAGUGUUCACGAUGUUCUGUGUCUAGGGCUAGCACUUUUGACCAACCUGGUGGAGCAAGUGCCGGGAGCUAGAGAGUCAGUGCGAGAGAUUACGUAUAACCCUUCUUGUCCAGGGAAGCCGGCGUGUACCUUCGACUGUCGUUGUCCAAAGCGAAUUUCGGCCCUCCGAUGUUUAGUCGAGCUUUAUGAGAGAAAGACGGAGGAGGCUGAAAGCUGUGUUACAGACGGCCAAGCAAUACAAGGAGCCGAAGCCGCGUUCGUCGCUGGCCAUUGUUCCGUACUGCUCGGCAUCCUGGGGCUCGACAACGCAGCCAACCUCAAGAUUAUCGUCAAAGCUCUUCCGGGAAAGCAUAGACAAGAGAAAAUCGAUCAGCUUCUCACUGCUGUGAAAGACUUUUCGGAAGUACAGAGCGGGGCCAAGCAAGCACUUGAUACCACCAAAACGCACGCGUGUGAGCCGGGAGACAUGGAAGAGGCUGAAGACAUGAGGGAAAGAGAACCAGCGGAUACGACGGAUGAUGGUUCGGAGGAUAAGAGCGGGAUGAUCAUAUCACAGAUAAUCACAAUGCUGGAAGAGCUGCGAGGGGCCGCAUGACGGCGCUCGCAUGCCCUAACCUUCUCCAAGAUGAAGACAUUCCGUUUCUGAUGAUAGAGCAUGCGCAUAAUGCAUGACAUAAGUGCAAGUAUCACUACAUGAGUAGGCAUAUGCAACUCCUCCCAGCGAUAUCCCUCAGAAAGUAAGCGCAGCGCCCUUCGUCUUCUUGUCACCACCAAGCUCGAAGUGCUUGCACCGCUUGAGCGAGAUUUGCAUCUUGUACUUGCACGCCGUGCACUCCAACCUCAAGACGAUCUUCUUCGUUGUCUUUGCCUUCUUGUGGAAGACGGGCUUUGUCUGACCACCAUAACCGGACUGCUUACGGUCGUACCGCCGCUUUCCUUGCGAGAAGAGGGAGGCCUUGCCGGUCUUGUACUGCGUCACUUUGUGCGGUGUGUGCUUUUUGCAGUUCUUGCCCUUGCAGAAGGUUCGGCGGGUUUUGGGAAUGUUAACCAUCUUGACCUACCUCACGUAGUGUUGUCGGUGCGUGCGUGCG